AUGGCCUGUGCUGCUCCGCCCUCCUCUCCAACAGGUCGAGCGGCCGAGGUCGAGACGGAGAUUGAGGACAAUGGUGCAGACGACGAGGACGAAGCCGAGACUGGGUUACCGGUCGAUGAGGUAGACGAGGAGGUGGUGGAAGUGGAUACAGUCGAGACCAUCGAGAGGUCUGCCAACAUGCAGCAUCCAUCCGCUGACAGAGCAACUCCCUCGGAGAGUUCGACGGCACGAACUGCAGACUACAGCGUGCCCGAGCAGAGCAAGGAGGUCUGGAAGCAUUUCGGCUGCAACACCGAGGCCGGACGCAUGCUGAGGAAGCUGUAUAAAGGAGCCGGCAGCCGCGAACUGGGAUCGAAGAUCUCUUACCCUCAGCUGGCAACCCCAGCAACGCGCUGGCAGCCCCCGCCAAAAGCAAAGCCGACAGCUCCGAAGGCAGUAGUCCGUGUGCCUCGGGCAGCAGCGCCGAGGCGAGACAUGGACGACCCAAGGCAAUGGCCUGCACCUCCCAUUCCUUGCAGGAGACCUGCUCGUGAGAUCUUCGCUGAGCUUGAGGCGGAGGAGGCGCGCAGACGCCGUGCUCAGCCCGACCUUCCAAAAGGCAAAGAUCUGGACCAUGAGAAGCAGAACCUGCAGGACCGAUUCCGCUACUGUGGCGGCCGAAUGCUGCCCAAGGGCAGCAUGGGUUAUGUGGAGCCUGGCAGCGUCCCGCCAACGGGCGGUGCUGCAGAGGCGGCGACGCGUCGCGAAGACCGGCGAAGGUUUGAUGAGAAUGGUUUCGACGGCGAACAGCGGGAGAUUUUUGAAGAUCUCGUGGGGGCCGUGCAGCGCAAGCAGGCUCGCCUCGCCGUCAUUGAUGACGAGCAGCUAGCGGAUCCCAAGCCUAGCAAGGCGAAGACAGCUCGCAACAAGGAGGCGUUGGAGCUUCGGAAUGGUAUCGAGCGUGAUCUCAAGGACAUUGAGACCCUCAUGAGCUUAGCCGAGGGGCAAGCGCACAAGGUCCCUGUCCCUACUCCAGCUGCCAGCUACGCGCCUACUGCACCUGCGGCCCCGACCCCUGUCUAUGGCGAUCAAGUUAAGGAGCGGGUCGAGCAGUUGCGAGCUCGACUACAGCAGAGCGGGUACUCCCUGGCACAAGGUUUUGCUUUCUUCGACCAAACCGGAGGUGGAACCUUGGACCGGGCAGGUUUCAUGAAGCUCUUGGAUUGGGUGCAAGUGGCGAUGACCGCAGCCGAGCAAGAGGCACUAUUCCAGCGUUGCAGCGCCGGACCUGGCCUCCUGAACUACCGCGAGGUGGCGAAUCAGUUCGACACCUCAAAGCAGGAUGCGAAUGCCAAAGUGAGUCAGCUGGCAGCUUGGUGGAGGGAGCACAACGCGAAUUUGGCUGACCUUUUUCGUUUCUUCGAUGCCAAUGGCGACAACAUGUUGGACAAGGCCGAGUUCACCUACCUCCUGCAAACAGCCGAUCCCUACAUGCCUGAACACAUGGCCCACACCAUUUUCGACUUGUCAGCCUCCAGGGGCGGCGUUGGGUAUGCAGACUUCACCCGCAGUUUCGGCAUUACUCCGGAAAGCUUGCCGGCACCUGCCCCGACACCUGCACCAAGCCCAUGGCUCACAGCGCCCGACGCGAAUUCGCUGACUUCUGUGGCCAUCCAGUCUCCAGCAGUACGGGCAUUGGCGAGUCGCAUCCGGGCUUGGUUGGAACCAACGCUCCUGUCCAAGAGCCUGGGCCUAGAAGGCCUGGGUGGGGGCAGCCGACGCGGGAAGCUCACGAAGCCACACUUCGAGCGCCUUUGCUUAGCUGUGGAGCCUGGCUUGGAGGCCCGCGAGCUGCUCAGGCUCUUCGGGCAGGCGCGAGCAACGCAGGCAAUACCGGGACAAAGCCUCCCGGAAGAGAUCGACGCGGCGGACUUUGUACAGCGCUUCGGGCCUGACAGCCCCGAGCCUCCCCGGUCCCCGGGGCAGGACAUGUGGGCCCUCAGUGCCUUGCGUCGAAUCGCGAAAGCAGCGAGCGCUGCUUUGACAGGGCCAGAACAGGUCUUUCAAAAGUUUGACAUGGAUGGAAACGGCUGCCUCAGCUCCUUGGAGUUCGAGCGCUUCUUGCGGACCCAGGAGCCCAACCUGAGUGAGCAAGACGUGACAUGGUUGUGGCGGCUGGCGGAUUCGGACCAAGAUGGCCAAGUUAUGCUUCACGAGUUCGUGUCGGCACUGCGCCAGUUGCAGAUUGAAGCUGAUCGCGCCCAACCGAACACCGAACCGAGCAAGGACCAGGUGAUCGAGGUGAAGGUGGCCCAGCUGGCACGCCUGCUGCACAAACGUGGCUACAGCUUAGAGAAGGCUCUGAGCGUGUACGACCGGAAGAGGUGCGAUUGCAGGUUGAAGACCAUGUGCAACUUGAGGCUGCGAGCCGCGCAGUUCAAGCUGUCAGACACAGAGGCUGAUCUCCCAGAUGGCCUGAAUAGGUGGAUGAGGUUAUGCUUCAGUGUGACACGGCAUGUGCCGAUGCCUCAGCCGGCUGAUUUGUGCGGAAGUUGUUGGCUCCUCAGAACGAUGGCAUCAGGAUGGCUUGCUCGAUUCCCGCGAGUGCAGCAGCGGAUCGACCAAAAUACCAAUCUUCAGCACCCCAGCCCCCGAGACCACCGAAUCCGCAACCGCCAGGGCAUGGGCCCGCACCCCCGGCUCCGGCUGCAGUCCUUCCGCCUCCUGCUGUGCCGUCGAGGCCUCUACCUGCAGCUCCGGGUCCUCCCAGCGCUCCGUGCCCUGGCGCCCCCGUACCUCCAGCAACACCGCUUCCUCCGGGCGGCGCCCGCCCGCCGCUGCCACCUGCAGGGCCUUCACUUCCAAGGGCCCCAGUCACAAGUCCAGCAGUUCCUUCAGCACCAGCACCUCCAACACUGGCUGCGCCACCUGCACCAACCCCGCCGAUGCCAGGAGCACCGAGAGCACCCAUCCCUCCUGCUGUCCCUGGUCACCCCGCACCUCCCUCCGCCUGCCCUUUGCCACCUUCAGGGCCUCGUGUCCCAACCCCCACUGUCGGGUCCCAUUGGUCAUCGCGACCUGGGACCGCACCCGCGGACCGUCAGGACCACCACCUCCGAGUCCCAGUUCCAGUCUAUUGUCCCGCCCAUCUGCACCUAUGUCGAUGGGCUGUCGGAAUGUUUCAAUUGGUGCUUUGCCGAGGUCCUUGGCGUCGAAAGCUUGGCAGUGGUUGGUGGCUUAGCUGUCGCCCUGGAUUGGCUGGCCACUGCCUUGCCAGCAGCACGGAAUGCUGGCGGAGCUAAGGGAGGCGGCUGCAAUUCCACAGCGGUGGUGGUACCGGACCGGCUGCAAGAAAGUGCGACAUUGAUUGACAGCCUGCUUGCAAGUGAUCACAGCAGGGACGAUGGAUUGCUGACAGAAGUUGAUUUCAUCAUUGCAGCUGCCUCGCUGCCCAGGGCUGUGCCGGAUGCUCUGGUGCUGGCCUCACUGGCUCCGGUUCUGUCAUCGGCGAAGGUAAGAUGGCGCGCGCUGCCAGCCGCUCAGGCACCCUGCUUGCUCCUUAUCAGAGAGGAAGAUCUUUCUGCAGCCAGUGUGGCGCUUGUUCGCGCUGGGCAUGCCAUCGGCCCGGCCGCCCGCGUGUGCCCUCCCAAACCUCAAGAGGACACUGCAGCAUCUGGCAAGAACGCUGAGCACGUGGGAGCUUGGACCCUAACUCGUCGAGAGGAGCCUGUGGGCAAGACCGUCGAGGAGCCGGAUGAAAAAGGUCCCUUGCGCUUGCAGGCUCCGUCUGGAGUCUACGUGGAGGUGCGGAUUCCCCAGGAGGGCGCAAAGGAGCAGGCCUCCUGUGCGGGGAUCCACUCCGUCGUCGAGGUCAGCGGAGGCCGCCAGAUGAGUGCACGGUGCGGCACCGUGUGGUUGACUUCCGGCCACCGACGGGGCGGGUUCUUUGCACACAGGCACGUUGCGGUCAUUCUGGUUAAGUUUGACAAGGAGGUCAUGGCUGCGGAGUUGAGUUAUCCUCGCGGCCGUUUCCGUGAUGAGUACAUAGAAGCCUGGUCUCGUAUUCAUUCGGGUCCGAUGGCAGCGUUGGAGUUGAUAUCUGAAGAGCCUUCUGUGGGACCUUCACGGACAGGUUACUGGAUUUUCUGCGGCAGCCGCUUCGGGCGUGUGAUUGGCCUGCCUGUUGGACAGGACCGUCGACAGGGCACCUGCUGCGGAUCUCUGGAGCAGCUGGAAGUAUGUUUGGGUGGCGCUUCUGCAAGGGAGGAGCUGCAUACACGCUACGAGGCUGUUUGGGGCGACAUCGAGCGACCAGGGAGGCUGCGAAUCCGCGAGGAGGUCUGGUCAAAGAGCAAGUCCGGCGAUUUGAUCUACGACCAGGCAACUGGCGUUGGUGGCACUCUCACCUUUGGUCCGAGCGAGGUGCUGCACUGCUUGCCGAACGGCGUCAAGCAGCGAUGGCGCAUCCGUGACUGGGGCUUCGAUCCCUUCCGACCCGGCGGACCGUUGCCUUCGCCGCCAGAGAUCCCAGUCUCCGCAGAAGAUUGUAUGAACUCCAAAGUCAGACAUCGCCUUCUGAGGCCCGGAGCAGAGGCCUGCAGACCACUUAGCGAGGUCGCGGGACAGUGCUGCAGUCUGCGCUGGGAGGCCCUUCAGUCUGACAACGAGGCAGAGCUGUGGUGCGACGUCUGA